UCUUGUUUGAUCAUAAGAAACCAAAGUGUUCUAUAUCUAUGAUCCGCCUUAUCAAGCUUCAUGCAAAAGAUGCUGGAUUUCUUGUGAACGAUGAACUCGAGAUUGUUGCUGUGAUAGAUGUUCUUAGUGUAUCAGAUGGAUCUGUAAAGGCCAAGAAACCUUUGAAUAGGCCUGAAGAACCAAUAGAUUUGGUGCAUGUCAAUGGGUUACAAGUUCUUCCUUCAGAGGUGGAUUUGGCGAGGCGUAUCUUUGAUUUACACCCAAAGACUGCAAAGAAGUACCGUACGAAGAACGAAUAUAUGAGAAGAUUUCAUACGAAAGUCCUCCUCGAUCUAACCAAGAGGUUCUUCAAAGUUCCAUAUGAAGACUCCAGUUAUGUUGUGUCUGAUUUUGAAGGUUCUCUGACACACCUGAAAUUAAAAGUGUUGGGUUUAAGUUGGAUUGGUUGGAGAAGAAACUUGAUGAAGUGAAAGAGAACAAGAAGAAAUGUGCCCGAUUGACUAAAUUGGAGCAGCAGCGGCAAGACAUGAUGGAUAAGUGCACAGACGUAAGAAACCAGCUGGAGAAGGAGAGGGCAGAGAUUAAGAAGACAGCUUAUGAUCUAUCUUUCAUUGAUAUUGUUUGAUGACUCAAGUUCUUAGGAAUUUGAAGUUUGGUUUUGUUUUUUAUUUGGUGUUAUGGUCUCUAUGUUCGUUAAUAAGAGUCCUCUGCUUUAACUUAAGAAGCUAAAAAGAGUAAUAUGUGAG